AAUGCCAAGUGAUCCAGACAAGGAAGUUCUCGUUUAUGCUCUGUUAGAUACACAGAGUGAUUCUUCUUUCAUUCUUGAUGAAGUGGUAGAUGUUCUUGAUACAAACACUGAACAAGUGAAGUUAAAACUCUCUACGAUGUCAUCAAAAGGAACAAUCAUUCAUUGUAAAAGACUUAAUAGCUUGCAAAUAAGGGGACUCUUUUCCUCCAAGAAGUUAACAGUGCCAACAGUUUACACUCGUGACUUCAUCCCGGCUAAUCGCACACACAUCCCACUGCCUGAGACAGCAAAGGCAUGGCCUCAUUUGGAGCAUCUUGCUGAUCACAUCGCGCCUCAAAAGGAUUGUGAAAUUGGUUUGUUGAUCGGGUACAAUUGCCCACAAGCUCUAAUGCCACGAGAAGUCAUUUGUGGAGAGGAAGGCCAGCCAUUUGCUCAGAAGACCGACUUAGGAUGGAGCAUAGUGAGUUAUGGCGAUCCAGGUGAACACUACGGUGAUGCAAUUGGAGUGAGUCACCGUAUCAUUGUGAAGCAAGUAAUGCCUGAAGUGAGUACAAUGGUCAAGCUUAAAGGAGAAGUCCACUAUGUUUGCAAUACAAAGGUCAGUGAAAUGGUCAAUCCAGAUGACAUAAUUAAGAUAUUGGAAUCUGAUUUCAAUGAGAGAGGUCAAGAAGAUCUUAAUUUCUUGGCUAAACUGAAAGAGGGAAUCAGACAGAAGCAAGAUGGCCAUUUUGAGAUGCCCUUACCUUUCAAACAAGACAAACCAAGUCUACCAAAUAAUAAAUCAUGUGCUGUUCAACGACUAAUGUCAUUGAAACGAAAGCUUAGGAGAGACCAGCAGUACCGUACUGACUACUUGGAGUUUAUGGAAGAUAUCAUUGCUCGUGGCCACGCAGAAAAGGUCCCUGAAGAUGAAGUUGACAAUCAACCAGCCUGGUAUAUUCCUCACCAUGGCAUAUAUACCACCCUCAAAAGCCUGGAAAGAUACGAGUGGUCUUUGAUUGCUCAGCAAGGUUCCAAAAACGUCACUGAAUGACCAACUCCUUAUUGGUCCAGAGCUCACAAACACCUUGGUGGGAGUCCUUUGCAGGUUUCGCAAAGGCCCGAUUGCCAUAAUGUGUGAUGUGGAAAAAAUGUUUCAUCAGUUCCAUGUAAGACCUGAGCACCAAGACUACCUAAGGUUCUUAUGGUGGGAGAACGGUGAUCUAGAGUCUCCACCCUCAAUUUUUAGGAUGAAGGUCCACCUAUUUGGGGCAGCGUCCUCCCCUGGGUGUGCCAAUUUUGGACUUAAGCAUCUAGCCACUCAAGGUCAAGAUAAAUUUAACUCAAGCACUGUUAAGUUCAUCCAAAGAAAUUUUUAUGUUGAUGAUGGACUGGUGUGCAUAACGUCUGAAGCUGAAGCAAUUCAGCUGAUUAAGGAAGCGAGAGAUCUUUGCAGCACAGGCAAACUUAGACUACACAAGUUCAUUUCCAACAGCAAGGAGGUAUUGAAAUCGAGCACCGAAGGAUGAAUGUGCUGAAAGUGUCAAAGACAUGGACAUGGCUUUGGGAGAGCCACUCAUGGAAAGAGCUCUUGGCGUUCAAUGGUGUGUAUCCUCUGAUGACUUCCAGUUCAGAGUGACCAUUAAGGAACACCCAAAUACCAGAAGAGGAGUACUUUCUACAGUGGCUUCAAUCUACGAUCCGUUGGGAUUCGUAGCGCCUUUUAUUCUCAGUGGAAAGCAGAUCUUACAACAACUGUGUAGAGACAAAGUAACUUGGGACGAGCCACUCCCACAAGAGCUAAGAGUACAGUGGGAAGUGUGGCUAAAAGAUCUUCAAACCUUAUCUAAUGUGAGAAUUAGAAGGUGUUAUAUCCCAGAUAACUUCAAGGAGGUAAAGCAGUACGAACUUCACCACUUCUCUGAUGCAAGUGUCAUCGGUUAUGGGGAGUGUACUUACCUCAGAGCGGUCGACAUUGAAGGAAAUGUUCACUGCAAGCUAGUCAUGGGAAAAGCACGGGUUGCUCCUACCAAGGUAACCACAGUGCCACGUCUUGAGUUGUCGGCUGCAGUUGUAGCAGCAAGAACAAGUGUAAUGCUCAGAAAUGAGCUUGAAAUAGAGGAUCUUCAAGAACAUUUUUGGACUGACUCCAAGGUCGUCCUUGGCUAUAUAAACAAUGAUGCCAGACGGUUUCAAGUGUUUGUAGCAAACAGAAUCCAAAGAAUCAAGUCCAUUACAGAUCCUGCACAAUGGCACUUUGUAAGGUCUGAAGAUAAUCCUGCAGAUCAUGCGUCGAGAGGUCUCUCCGCAGAUCAGCUUCUUGCUUCAAAUUGGUUUACUGGCCCAGAUUUCUUAUGGGAAAGAGAGCUACCCAAAGGAGAAGUUAUGGUGGGAAAGGUCUACGAUGAUGAUCCGGAACUUAAAAGAACCCUGGUGCUCAACACCAAAGCGAGGGAGGAUAGGUCAUUGUUAGACCGCCUAACAAAGUUUUCUGACUGGAAAAGAGCUGUCAAGGCUAUUGCUCUUUUAAAGCGCCAUGCUAAACAGAUCAAGGGCAUCAAAGAUAAAGUAAGUGGAGCUACAAGUGUUGAGGAAAGAAAGGAAGCAGAGCUAUUCAUAAUCAAGUUGGCUCAGAAGGAAGCAUUCAGCAGUGAAAUCAAAGGUAUAAAGCAAGGCAAAGAUAUAAAACCCAAAGACAAAGUUAACAAACUACAUAAGCUGAGUCCUUUUGUAGAUGAGCAUGGUGUACUUAGGGUUGGAGGACGGUUGACAAGAUCUGUUCUUCAUCCGCAUGUCAAGCAUCCUGCUAUUGUACCAAAUAAGAGUCAUGUAUCAUCGUUGCUUAUUAAGCACUACCAUGAAAGGGUGCAUCAUCAAGGAAGAGGAAUAACUGCCAAUGAAUUGCGAUCCAAUGGAAUAUGGAUCACAGGAUGCAGCAGUGCAGUUGCCUCACAUAUCUACAAGUGCACAACAUGCAGAAAGUACAGAAGGAACACACAAGAUCCAAAAAUGGCGGACUUGCCAGAGGAAAGAAUGGAAAUGACACCUCCUUUUACAUAUUGUGGCAUUGAUUGUUUUGGACCAUUUUACGUGAAGGAAGCAAGGAAGGAACUGAAGAAGUAUGGUCUCAUUUUCACUUGUAUGUGUUCUAGAGCCAUACAUAUUGAAAUGCUUGAUGAUCUCACUACAGAUGCCUUUAUCAAUGCAUUACGAAUAUUCAUUGCAAUACGUGGACAUGUAAGACAGUUAAGAUGUGAUCAAGGCACAAACUUCGUAGGUGCAAGAGGAGAGUUCAUGAACACAAUGAAAAGGAUAAAUCCUGAACAGUUGAAGGAAUAUGGAUGUGAAUUCAUAAUGAACUUCCCAUCAUCGAGCCACAUGGGCGGCGUAUGGGAGAGGCAGAUUAGAACGAUCAGAAGCGUUUUAACCACAAUCCUUGACCAGUCUGCUAAACGACUUGACAGUGCCUCGCUCAGAACCUUUCUGUACGAAGUGAUGGCUAUUAUUAAUAGCAGACCACUGACAGUUGAGCAUUUAAAUGACCCAACAAGUCAUGAACCUCUCACGCCCAAUCAUAUUCUUAUGAUGAAGUCAAACAUAAUAUUCCCACCUCCAGGUGAAUUUGUGAGUCAGGAUCUAUACUUGCGCAAGAGAUGGCGCCAGGUGCAGUUCUUGGCAAAUGAAUUUUGGACAAGGUGGAAGAAGGAGUAUCUCCUUAAUCUUCAACAAAGACAAAUAUGGCAAAAAGAGAAGAGAAAUACAAAGGUCGACGACAUUGUCAUCCUACAGGAAGACAGUUCGCCACGUAAUCAAUGGAGAUUGGCAAGAGUGACAGAAGUGUAUCCGAGUCCUGAUGGAAAGGUUUCGAAAAGUGAAACUGCUAAUUAGUGACUCAACCUUAGACAGCCAGGGAAGACGCGUUUCCAAGCCAGUCUACCUUGAUAGGCCUGUACAGAAGACAGUUUUACUGCUUGAAGCAGAAUAAAUAUUAUUGUUCCCAGUUUAGGUUACUGUAAGGUAAAGGCAUAUAGUAUGGUUGAAAUUAAGGUGUGAAAUUGUCGAAAUUGUGAGGUGAAAUGACAAAAUUGUCAUUUGGUGGGAGUAUAACUGCCGUACAUAUUUCUUUCAAUUAAUAUGUUCUAUAAUUUCCAUACAUAUUGUUUCUGUUGUUUUAACAUGUGUUUGUUUAAAUUAAUUCAUGCAUGUUGAGUGCUUAUGUUGAGUGGGAACUAGGGUGCAUAUGUGUUGCACACGGACAUUUUUGAGGGAUGCAAUAGGAAAGAACGGACUUUUGGUGAGAGGUUGGUGUCUCUGCAUGUGAAUUUAAGUUGUGAAGAAGUUGCAAAGAAGACAAGAUGUUUUUUAUUUUUGUAUUUUGAUCGGGGCAUUUAAAGAACUCAUUCCCCCUUGGUUAUAUGCAGCCAGCGAGUUUGACGGUGGAUUUCAUUGACGGUGAACGUGAUAGCGGAGAAAAGAAAGAGAAAGGCAAUAAAUCCAUCAGUAUCCAGA